CCCGGAUGCAGCGUGCGCGCCGCGACGUUCUAGACCUUGAUCAAGACCUCGGUUCUUGUCCCUGUGGUCUGCGCGCCCUCGACCGCCGGCUGAGACCUUCGCGAGAGAGGUAUAGGCCUGGUGUAGUCUCUUGUCUGGACCGAGUGAGAGAACAAUGCAGAAGGACACGGGCUCACUAGUGCCUUUCCAUUAUUUUGGCUUUGGCUAUGCAGCACUGGUUGCUACUGGUGGGAUCAUUGGCUAUGCAAAAGCAGGUAGUGUGCCAUCCUUGGCUGCUGGGCUCUUCUUUGGGGGCUUAGCAGGCCUGGGUGCUUACCAGCUGUCUCAGGAUCCCAGGAACGUGUGGGUUUUCCUAGCUGCUUCUGGGACCUUGGCUGGCAUUAUGGGGAUGCGAUUCUACAACUCUGGGAAGUUCAUGCCUGCGGGUUUAAUUGCAGGCGCCAGUUUGCUGAUGAUUGUCAAACUUGGAGUUAAUAUUUUGAAUAGACCUCAUCCGUAGUAGUCCCUUAUCUGCUUGGACUCAUGAAGAAUUAAAAAUCUACAAACUUCCACUAUUUUCAGUGUAUUAAGAGAAAGAAGUGCAGCACAUUUACUUAUUCUGACAUUUUACUUUAGAAGAAAAGUAAGGGCUGGGGGCAUGGCUCGAGUGGUAGAGCAUCUGCCUACAAGUUUGAGGCCCUGACUUUAAACUCCAGGACCACCAAAAAACAAACAAAAGAAGACUGAGCUUCAUGGCUAGUAUCAAACGUGAGCCCUAAUGACCCCUGAUGUGGUUUGAUUCUUGUAUGACAUGGUCUCCUCUCUCUGUACCCCUAGAUAAAAUCACCAGGGGUAAAAUGUGAGGUGUCAGCUAUGGGGGCCCUGAAGCCCAUGCCCUGCUGAGAACAACUGAAACAAAUCUCUUGGUGAGAUUUAGGAUGUGUGUUCUUUUGUUCAUCUUAGAGCACAGACCUACUUUGGAAUUCUCAAUGAAAUA